GAAUUACAGUUAGGUUAAGUUACAUUACAUUAUCUGGUAUAACAUCAGUCAAUGUUUUUAUAAAAUUACAUGACUGUUUUCCUUUAGUAUGCAAAAAUGUUGUUGUCAAGACGUUUAUUCGAGACGAAACUUUCGCAAAGUUUAUCGAAAACACUGAAGCUUGCAAUAUAUUCAACUGCCUCAGAAUCAAACACCGAGGAACAAUUUCGAGUGUUAGAGCUUUAUUCGCAGAAGAAAGCUACACAGGAAAAGCGGAAAACACGACAAAUCAAUGUCCCACCACCGAGAACUACAGAAAUGGUUAUUGAUCAGGACUGGCCAUCAGUCUGGCCGGGUACGCGAACCUUUCAUCCUGCUUCAAUACCUCUUCCGUUGCAUCAAGGAUACAAAGAAAAGGGUGCACCGCCUGGUAAAUACGCUAAUGCUGAGCUCAUGAAAAUACCAAACUUUUUACAUCUUACACCACCUGCAAUUCAAAGACAUUGCGAAGCAUUGAAACAGUUUUGUACGGAGUGGCCUACAGCUUUGGAAAACGAAGAGAAAUGUGCGAAACAUUUCCCUGUUGAGAUUAUUACAUCCGACUAUUGUUAUUCUUCACCCACGAUUAGAGAUCCACUCGCUAGAAUUGUGAGUUUACAAGUGAAAUUAUCCUCUCUUCACUUAGACACUCAUGCAAAAGAUAAGUUAUUGAGAUUAUUAGGAAACAAGUAUAAUCCAGAGACAGAUAUAAUAACGAUUACAACCGAUAGAUGCCCAACUAGAAAGCAAAAUUUAGAAUACGCACGUUAUCUCCUCACAGCAGUGUAUCAUGAAUCUUGGAGAGUUGAGCCUUGGGAAGCUGAAAAAUCCAUAGCAGACAUGGAAUAUUUUGAUUGGGAUACCAGUCAAAGUCGUACAAAUGCAGUGACUCUAUACAAAUGGCCGAAAUCGCCAACCAGUUAUGAUUAUGAGACUAUCCCACAUGUAACUGAGUAUAAAAUUGCUGUUUCGGAUCUCGUAAAUAAGGGCGAAGAUCAGUAUUCAGUCAAUGAAUACAAGGAAGCUGUUAAAAACUUGUUAAAUCUCAGAUGUGACAAUAAAAAUUGAACUUUGAAUAUAAUGUAGAAACAAACCAA